CAGAUGUGGCAGACUGAGGUCUGUUGAAAGUGCCGAGCUCCACCCUGGCACCCCCUACCGCCAAUAGCUCCAUGCAGGUGCCUCAGGAUGGAGAGGACCUCGCCGGCCAACCCUGGUACCACGGCCCCCUGUCCCGCCAGCACUGAAUGAGUUAAUCCCCUUUGCAUCGCGAGCAGUGUCUUGGGGGCAGGAGAGGCCGCACCUGUGUCCACUGAGGUUAGGGUCACUACCCAGCCCCCAGCCCCAGCUCCACACUGCCUCUCCCAGGGGUCCCGGCCCUCCCAGAGCUGCUGGCCUAAGGCUGCUUGAAGAUUUUUAUAAAGGAAAGGUUGACGGUACCCCAGUCUGAUGGAUGCCCAGGGCCCUUUUCUUAUGCCGGAAGUUGCAUUGGUCAACCACGGGCAGCGGCUGCAACAAGCCUUCCCAAGCCAUCGCCAGUGAAAUAAUCAGCAUCUAUGGACUUGGCCAUGUGCCCGUCAGAGAUCCACAAUCCAGCCGAGGCCCGAGUCUGUUCUGCAUCUGUGUCAUCCCACGAGGCUUUGGGGGUGUGCAGCUGACGGAGGAAAGAACCGGCAGGAAUGUACCAGAAGGUUUUAUGAGCCAGCUCUGGACACAUUUCCCACAGCACUUCUGCUCCUCUCCCAUUGGUCAGAUCUUAUCACAUGACAACCUAACUGCAAGGGAUUCUGGGAAAUGUAGUCCAGCUGUGUAGUCUGAUACAAAACUAUGCCUGCAAGCCACAGAGGUUUCCCUGGGGUGGGGUGCAUUGGGGAAGGAGGCCUCCUUACCUGCAGGUCCAGGCUCAUGCCCUCUUCCAUCCUCAGAAGGCUGAAGCUCUUCUCUUGCAAGAUGGCGACUUCCUGGUCCGGGCCCCUGGGUCCCGCGGGGGCCCCCCUGUGAUCUCGUGCCGCUGGCGGGGCCUCGCCCUGCACUUCCAGGUGUUCCGCGUGGCCCUGCGCCCCCGCCCGGGCCGGCCCGCAGCCCUCUUUCAGCUGGAGGACGAACAAUUCCCCAGCAUGCCCGCCCUGGUGCAUAGCUACGUGGCCGGCCGGCGCCCACUGUCGCAGGCCACGGGGGCUGUGGCUUCCAGGCCUGUGGUGCGGCAGGGGCCUCUACGACGCAGCUUCAGCGAGGACGCCCUGAUGGACAGCCCUGCUCAGGAGGAGCCGCUCAGGGCCAGGAAGUGGAGCAGCAGUCAGCCUGCAGAUCUGGAACACACAGGUCAAACAGGACAAGAUGACCCUGGAGCAGGAGCCACAGCGAUGCCAGUGUGCACCCUGCCCAGGAUGGGCAGUGACCCCACGCUGCUGAAGGGCCCGACUCCCUUGGGGACCGUUGCCGACAGUCUCAGGGCCUCUGACGGGCAGCUCCACGCCAAGGCACCGACCAAGCCCCUCCGGACCCCGUCCCUGGCCCUGCCUGAAGCCCCAGGGUGCACCCCAACCUACUGCGAGCUGGUGCCCCGAGUGCCCAGUACCCACAAAUCGCCCCCCAGCCAAAGGUGCCCAGAGCCAGAGUCCCCAUGGUGGGAGGCGGAGGAGGAGGAGGAAGAGGACGGAUGUUUUAUAAGACCACAAGCAGAGGUCUCUUUCUGCCCCCCUGCCCACGCCUCCUGCCUGCUGGGCCCCCAGAAUCGGCCCCUGGAGCCCAAAGCCUUGCACACUCUACGUGGCCUGUUCCUGGAGCAUCAUUCUGGGAGUACUGCCCUCCACCUGCUCUUGGUGGACUGCCAGGCCACAGGCCUCCUGGGAGUUACCAAAGAUCAGCGGAGCGCCAUGGGGGUGGCCUCUGGCCUGGAGCUGCUCACACUUCCCCAUGGGCAUCGCCUGAGGCUGGAACUGCUGGAGAGGCACGAGGUGCUGGCCCUAGCCGGGGCGCUGGCCGUGCUGGGCUGCGCGGGGCCGCUGGAGGAGCGCGCGGCCGCCCUGCGGGGCCUGGUGGAGCUGGCGCUGGCGCUGCGGCCGGGGGCGGCGGGAGACCUGCCCGGGCUGGCGGCGGUCAUGGGCGCCCUGCUCAUGCCCCAGGUGUCACGGUUGGAGCGCACGUGGCGCCAGCUCCGACGGAGCCACACGGACGCCGCGCUGGCCUUCGAGCAGGAGCUGAAGCCACUAAUGCGGGCUCUGGAUGAGGGCGCGGGCCCCUGCGACCCCGGCGACGUGGCGCUGCCGCACGUGGCGCCCGCGGUGCGCGCGCUGGAAGGCGAGGAGCCCGCGGGGCCGCUGGAGGAGAGCUGCGAGCGGCUGCUCCGCACCUUGCACGGAGCGCGGCGGGCCGCACGGGACGCGCCCAGGUUCCGCCAGGCAGCGGCCCGGCGCCUGCGAGGAUUCCGGCCACACCCGGCGCUCAGGGAGGCCUUGACCACCGGCUUCGUGCGGCGGCUGCUAUGGGGGAGCCGGGGCGCAGAGGCGCCGAGAGCCGAGCGCCUGGAGAAAUUCCAGCGGGUCCUCACCGUCCUGUCGCAGCGCCUGGAACCGGACCGCUGAGGGCGCAGGCCCCUCCCUCGCACCGGGGACCCGCCUUCUGCCUCCCAGGUUGGCCGAGCCCACAAACCCUUGGGGCCCGGCCGCGUGCACUUGCGGAUUCUCACCGGCACGAGGCCUCGCAGGUCUGGCUUCAGACACCAGCAUUCAGAUUCUACUCUGCCCUUUAAAAGCUGUGUGACUGGGGCGGGCGCUGUGGCCUAGCACGUAAAGCUGCCACCCGCAGUGCCAGCAUCUCGUAUGGGCACUGGUUUGAGUCCCAGCUGCUCCACUUCUGAUCCAGCUCUCUGCUAUGGCGUGGGAACGCAGUGGAGGAUGGCCCAAGUGCUUAGGCACUUGCAUCCGCAUGGGAGACCCAGAGGAAGCUCCUGGCUCCUGGCUUCAGAUCUGAUCUGAUCAGCCAUUGCGGCCAUUUGGGGAGUGAACCAACAGAUGGAAGAACACUCUUUUUCUGCCUUUACCUCUCUCUAACUCUGCCUUUCAAAUAAACUAAAAAAAAAAAAAAAAAA